UACCAGACAAACGUCUGUACACACCUACUCAUUCAAGGAUCUAGGAGACAAUAAAUAACGAGGGGUAGAUGCCUAGAUGAUUUUAGUAGUUCCAUGAGUUAGCCAUGGUUGGUAGCUAUAUGGGCACAGUCACAGACAAGCUCUCACACCCAACACCCAUGAUGGAACUGUCGAGUCGAGUGUGCGUUACCAAACGAGGACGGAGUGAUAGAACAAUGCUGCAUAGAAUGUGCUUUAGCUGAAAUUGCUGGAAUAUUUUGAAGACUCGUUUCGCUUUGAGAACCUUAAAACAUAGGCUCAAUGGAUCAGGGCUGCAUUAGCAUAGUCUCUGGUGCCCCUGCUGGCCCGAUGGUUCAAGUAUGCUUCCCUGGUGUGCGUGCAGCAGUUUUGGACAGCCUAAAUCGACAGCGGGAGGAAGGACGGCUCUGUGACCUCUCCAUCCAGGUGCAGGGACAGGUAUUCAGGGCCCACCGCUGUGUGCUGGCUGCCUCCUCGCCAUACUUUCACGAUCAGAGACCCGUUCCAAAUGGACCUGAGGACAACUAGACCCAUUCCAUAUAGAACUGGACAGAUCCAAGUGAGGGAAGCAGCAGAAAAGUCCAUUUUUAAGGUGUUGCUGAAGAAUGUGACGACAGUGUCUCUGCCCUCUGUCAUGGACCCUGUGGCCUUUGAGAGUGUCCUGAGUUCAGCCUACACUGGCCAACUGAGCAUAGUGCGUGAUGACAUUGUCAACUACGUGACUGUAGCCAGCUUCCUCCAGAUGUGGCAUAUUGUUGACAAGUGUACAGAGAUCCUGAAGAGACCUCGACCCCCAGCAGAAUGCAACCCUGGGGAUGCUGCAGCUGCCACACACCAUGGUGCCUCCUCAAGGCAGCAGUCACCAAGCAGCACUGACUGCCUAUACAUGGAGAGAGAGGGGAAAGGCAAGGAGAGGAGGCCCUAUGGCCAGGAGCAGAAUUCGCUGCCUCCAUUGGCCACGUGGAGGAGGCCCCAGCAGUUCCCCAGGUGGAGCCGCCCCAGGUCCUCACCCCAGCAAGUCAUAUCCAUGCCUGCCCAGCACCUAGCUGACUCACACCUGGACUACCACCCUGCUGGGGAGAGUGACUACUCCAGCUGUGAGGAGGUGUGGAUGUCCAGCCACAGCAAAGCCAGCCCCCUAAGCCAUCAUGAUGGGAGAGGACUGGACCAUAGCCACACCAGGCAUGGGGGGAUUCCUGGUGAGGCGUUGAGACUGAGAGCUAGACUGAGACAGAGGGCAGUGCCACCAAGUGCUGAGAAACUCCAUGGCAGGGAUAGAGGAAGUGGAGGGGGCUUUGGGGAAGAGCCUCAGGAGAAGAGAGGGACUGAAAGAGGGAUUGAAGCAAAUGAAGAAAUGGGGGAAGAGGAGAAGAGGGAUGUGCCUGAGCGGAGAGGAAACUCUGGAGACUUCCACACUAGUGUACACCAAGUUGAAGAGGGAGGACAGCCAGAGGGGAAAAAGAGCUCAGGGGAACUGCAGAAGAAAGAGGAGAGACCGCUGGGGAGAAGCUUAGCCCAGACUUCUCCCCAUGUUGUGGAUCCAGAUGAUGUGAUUCCUGGCCCAUCCUGCCCAGCUCCUACACCCUCAUCCCGGAUGCAGUGGCAGGCCGGUCCCUGGUCUCAGCAAGUAGCUAGGCCGCAAGCUGGAGAGGAAUACUACAGAAGAGAAGACGAUGAAGAAGAUGAGGAGGAAGUGGACUUUGGCCGAUUUGCAGAUGGUGCUUUUGGAAGGGGCACCUAUGAUGAGAUUGAGGAUGGCACCGGGCAAGUUUCUCAGAGACCCUUAGUACCUGACUCUCCUGAUGACAAUGACUUUAACCUGGGGGCCCAAGAGUUGAACUGGCCCUCUGGGGCAGACAUGACCCAUGGUGGUGGUACCCCAACCUCCAGCUGCCACCUGUCCCCAUCCCCUGCUCCAUUCCCCCCUUCCUCCUCACCCCCCAUCCCCUCAUCCUCCUCCCUCUCCCUUGCUGGGGCCCCUUACACGGGCAAAGUGCAUUUCUGCCACUGUGGGAAGGCCUACACCCUGAAGAGCAUGCGUGACCGCCACGUGAAGAUGCAGCACCUCAACCUGCGGCCCUUCGCCUGCCCUGUGUGCACCAAGAGCUUCAAGAUGAAGCACCACCUGACCAAGCACCUGAAGACCCAUGGUGGGCUGCGGCCUUAUGAGUGUGGCCUGUGUGGGAAGAAGGUAAUCUGGAGAGACAGUUUCCUGCGCCACCAGGCCCGCUGUGAGAGACUGGCCGCCAGCUGUGAUGGUGCUGCUGCCAGUAGUAACACCAGAGCGGCUGCCGACAUGGACAAUGGUUAUGCUUAUGGGUUCGGGGAGGGGUUUCUCUCACACGGCGGACAGGUGAAAGUGGAGCAGGCAGACUUUCAGGGGGAGGCAGAGUCUGGGAUGAGUGGGCUGUUAGGAGCUGGGGCUGAGUUAGGCUCUCAGUCAAGGACUCUGGUUAGUCACAACUUUAAGGAGGAAGCCAGCGACAGGUUUAGCUGAAGCGAAAUGAGGUAAACCGGUGGAAUAUAGGGCCCACAGCACUUGAAUUGAGUAAUAGAUUGGUUGAUUAUGCUCAUAAUGGUCCAUGUGUAAUCCAUUAACACUCCGAUCCAUAUUAAUGCACCUGUUUGUGAACAAUUAUUCUACGAGGGACAUUUGUUUAUUAUUUAUUUAAAUGACUAUCCCAUCAUGCUAUUGAUAUCGCAAAAGAGGGCACAAACAUGUGAUGUGAGUCUGUGCACAUUUUGUAUAUUUAAAUGAGCCAAUUUAUCUAAUGAGCUGUCUUGUGAAUGUAUUUGAGUCACAAUAAACUCCGUUUGCACAGA